GUGUUGAGCGCACGCGCAGUGACUGCCUCUCAAAGCAGACCUCAUAUCGCAGUGACUGCUCUCUCACUUGUGAACUGAUCUCUGGUUUUAUUCAUUCAUCACUUUAUCGAAGGACAACAAAAUGGCGUUGAGUUCACUCGCCGUGCGAUCACUGAAUCUGAGCCGAAGUUCGGCCUCAAAGGUGUCGCUAUUGAAAAACCUCUCGAAGGCGUAUUCGCCGAUCGGCAUGACUGCCAUGAAUAACGCCAUGCGAUGCAUAUCGACCAGCGGUCGACUUCACGCCUCUUCGGGCGGCGCAGAGGUGUCGACCAUUUUGGAGGAGAGAAUUCUGGGCCAAACGGCUUCAGCCAAUCUGGACGAGACCGGCCGAGUGCUGUCCAUCGGCGACGGUAUCGCUCGUGUCUACGGCUUGAAGAAUAUUCAGGCCGACGAGAUGGUGGAGUUCUCCAGCGGUCUGAAGGGAAUGGCUCUCAACUUAGAGCCCGAUAACGUCGGUAUUGUGGUCUUCGGUAACGACAAACUCAUCAAAGAGGGCGAUAUCGUGAAGAGAACGGGUGCUAUCGUUGACGUACCCAUUGGUAUAGAGCUGUUGGGCCGAGUAGUGGACGCUCUGGGAAACCCCAUUGACGGGAAGGGACCCAUUAAGACAACAAAGAGGGCUCGAGUCGGUCUGAAAGCGCCCGGAAUUAUACCGCGUGUUAGUGUGAGAGAGCCUAUGCUUACGGGUAUGAAAGCUGUGGACAGUUUAGUGCCCAUCGGAAGAGGACAGCGAGAGUUGAUUAUUGGCGAUCGACAGACCGGCAAAACUGCGAUCGCAAUCGACACUAUCAUCAAUCAGAAGCGAUUCAAUGAAGGCUCCGAAGAGAAGAAGAAGCUGUUCUGCGUUUACGUCGCUAUCGGACAGAAGAGAUCGACUGUCGCGCAGAUUGUCAAACGUUUGACAGACUCGGACGCUAUGAGAUAUACUAUUGUGGUGUGCGCUACCGCUUCAGAUGCGGCGCCGCUCCAGUAUUUGGCGCCCUAUUCCGGGUGCGCAAUGGGAGAGUUCUUCAGAGACUCCGGAAUGCACGCUCUCAUCAUUUUCGACGAUUUGUCUAAACAAGCCGUGGCUUACCGUCAAAUGUCUCUAUUGCUUCGCCGACCUCCGGGUCGUGAGGCCUAUCCCGGAGACGUAUUCUAUCUUCACUCUCGACUUCUGGAACGCGCGGCCAAAAUGAAUGACUCUUUCGGUGGCGGCUCUUUGACCGCUCUUCCCGUCAUUGAGACUCAAGCCGGUGAUGUCUCCGCAUAUAUUCCAACGAAUGUCAUCUCUAUUACUGACGGACAGAUCUUCUUAGAGACUGAGCUCUUCUACAAAGGUAUUCGUCCGGCCAUUAAUGUGGGUCUGUCUGUGAGUCGAGUCGGUUCUGCCGCUCAGACCAAAGCUAUGAAACAGGUCGCGGGUUCAAUGAAGCUGGAGUUAGCGCAGUACCGAGAAGUGGCCGCUUUCGCUCAGUUCGGCUCUGACUUAGACGCCGCUACACAACAACUGCUGAAUAGAGGCGUCCGUUUGACUGAACUCUUAAAACAGGGCCAAUACGUUCCAAUGCCUAUUGAGGAUCAGGUGGCGGUGAUCUAUACGGGAGUGCGUGGAUAUCUGGACAAAUUGGACCCUGCUAAGAUCGGCGAAUUCGAGAAGCAGUUCUUAGCGCACAUCAAGACUUCACAUCAAGCCUUGUUGAACACAAUCGCCACCGAAGGCAAGAUUAGCGAUGACACUGACGCUAAGCUGAAGAAAAUAGUGAUCGAUUUUAUGACCACUUUUACGGCCGUCUAA